UCAGACAGGAAGUGAAAGUCUCCUUUGUAGUAACUGACGCGCAGCUUCCGACGCGCAGCUUCAGCGUCAAACAGAUUCACGGAAACGUUCCCGACUCCCCCGCGCGCCUCAGAGUCCCUCAGAGUCCCGCUGGUCCCGUUCGGAGGGGGGUCCGGUCCGGUCCGGUUUCUGUGAGAUGUCGGUUUUAACCAGCAGAGCUCUGCGCGCGCAGCUCACCGUCAUCAUGGGCGCGUUAACCAAAGCGGCGGUGUCGGAGAUCUGCGAGGUGCUGGACGAAGGCUACGCGGCGCUGCAGAAGGAGAUUACCCGCAGCCACAAGGAGAACGAGGACCUGAAGAAGAAGCUGCACCUCAUAGAGUCCAUAGUGGUCCUGGGGAGCGGCGGGGGGAAGGCGGCAGAACCGGGAGUCGCUCCUGCCGCGGAGGAGCAGCAGCGGCGAGACGGCGACGCGGCAGGAGCGGCAGGAGCGGCGGUAGAGAUGCGUGAGGAGCUUCCAGACGUGGUGUUGAUCAAAGAUGAAGACUCUGACAGCAACGACACCUUUGAGGAAGAUAACAGAACACCGUCUGAUGGAGGAGAGGGUGUUACAACGACUCCAGUCAGCCGGAGUCUGAAGAGAGUCUGGCCGGGAGAGGAGGAGUCUGAGAGGAAGCGGCUCACCCUGAAAACAUCUCCAGCGUCAGCAGGGACGCAGAAGAAGAGCGUCCCCGUCUUCAAUCUGGACUCUCCUCGCCACGAGCCGGGCCGCUCCGUCCACAUCGACGGGGAUGAAAUGGAGGCCGGGGAGUCGGUCUGUUCCUACUCCUCACAGAUGGACCCGGAUAUUCAGCUGGUCCAGGAGUGCUCGAUGGUUCCUCCGAGCUCCAACAGACAAACAGCUUACUUUGGAAACGGCGCUCUGAUGGAGUCCCGGUCUCCUUCAAACAGAGCAGAACUAGACCUCAGUUUGACGUGGACUAAGCAGUCCAAAAGUCAGAUGGGUUUUACUCAGUUCCAUCAGAAUGAAAACCUGGACGCUGACGCUUUCGGUCUGAAGCUGGUCAGCGUCACCGGCUCCACCUCCACGGACUGCCAGCUCUCUGAGAGCAGCAACUCUGCGUUCGAGUACGACGAAGCCGACAUGAUGAACUACGCCCUCUACAGGGAUCAGUCGGGUCCGUCUCAGGCGGGCCUCGGCUCACGAGGGAAGCGCUUCGUGUGCUCCAUCUGCAACAGGUCCUACGCCACGACGCAGAACCUGGACGUCCACAUGCGGAUCCACACGGGGGAGCGGCCGUUCAGCUGCAGCCAGUGCGGCAAGAAGUUCACCCAGUCGGCUCACCUGAAGUCGCACCAGAGCGUCCACACCGGGGAGCGGCCGUACGUCUGCUCGCACUGCUCCCGGAGCUUCAUCGUCAAGUACAGCCUCAAGUUACACAUGAAGAAAUGUCACCCCAACGUCUGAGCCACUGAGCAUGUGCACGCUUCCUGUUCCUGUAAAUGUCCCGUUCUGUAAAUGUUUAUUCAAAUAACACGUGUCCUGAGUUUCAAAUAUUUAAAAAGCAAUCCUACUGCCACUUCCUGUCCAUCACUGAUCAGAAGUUCAUCUACGGAGGGUUUGCAUGUGGCGUCAUGGCGGCUAGAUCUCACUGUGACGAGGGGUUUGAAUUAGCUCCUGUGGUGAUGUAACGACAGGUGCACUCCAAAGCCACACCCCACUCCCUGAGGGAUUCCACUUCCUCCUUUGCAGCUGCAGCACCUCUUGUUCUGGUCAUAUACUGGAUCAAUGUUGGGGUUCUUCUGGAGCGCUCGCCAUAUUUUUUGGGGUGUUUUUCCACCCUUUGCAUCCUUCUCAUUCAGACAACAUCUAUUCCCACUCACUCAGUUUCUCUCCUUGUUCCCCACGCAGGGAUCUGAGAGACUCAAAACCUUGAUUAAAAGACAACAGAGUGAAAGAAAGGGCUUUUCCUUUCAGGGCUUUGUGUUCUACCACAGCUGAUUUCUGUCUUUGGUAUGUGGGUGACCACCUUGAUUUAAGAAGUUCUACCUUGUUCCUCCUCUGCUCGUUGUCUCUCUGCUGAAGGAUGCCAUGUUGCAGGAUGUUUGGUCACU